AUGAAUCAAAACUUAAUACAUCUUAGUAGAUCAAUUUCUGAAGUAAAGUUGCCAUUACUUCAGAAUGAAGUGCAAAGCUUAGAAAGCGAAGUAGAAGCUUUAACCAGAAAAUUGGAGCAUGAAAGAAGACAAUCAACUCUUCUUGGAAAAGAUUUAGAAGAAAUCAAGGCCAUGCUUAAUGAGAGAAUUUCAAAAAAUCAAUACAAGAGUAGAGAAAAACGGAAAAAGCAAGGAGAUGAUAAGAUUAAAAUGCUUGAAAAUGAACUGGAAAGAGAAUUUAAGAGACUAAGUGAGCUGAAAAGCACAAAUAAAAAACUGCAAGAUAAAAUCGAUAUGCUUAGAAAAGAUAAAGGGUCUCUACUUAAAUCCAACCAACAAUUAGAAAUUCAGCUUUUAAGCACUACAAGGCUUAGAAAGAGCGCUAGCGAAGUCUCAGUUUUCAACUUUAACAAAGAUGAAAUAAAUCAAGGACGAAUUGUAAAAAUACAAAAUUCCUUGAGCUCAACACGGAAUGAUUAUUCCCAAAAGAUCAGCCUGUUGAGCAGCCAACUUUUAGAAGGCAAAAUGUCUGAAAAUCGAUUUCUCAAAGGAAUUACUGUAAAUUUCGCAGAACCCACAGUUAAUGCUUCAGAGCUCUUUCAACUCUCAAAAAAUCAAGCUAAAGUCUGAAAAGACUCCUGCAUAGAAAUAAAUGAAAAAAUAAACAGCUACAUGGAUUUUAUCAAAGAGCUUAACUCAGGCAUGGAAACUAUGACAAAUCAAUGCAAAAUUGAUAGCUUCCAAGAAAUUGUUGAUUUAUUUGUCACCACUUUUGAUGAAAAUACUAGACUUUCCCAAUAUAUGUAUGAAUUAGGGGAAGAAAUUAUUAUAAUUCAAAAAGAAAUAGAAAAAUAUAAAGACCAGAUUUCGAAUUUUCAUAAAACCCGUGGGUUUUCUGAAAGCACCAAGGCAGAAAAAAUUGACCAAAUAAAUAAGGCAUAUGAAGAGACAGUGAAAAAUAUAGAAGCAGAAAAUGAUGCUUAUUCCCCCCCCCCUCCGUGAGUGAACAAAAAAAUUUUGUUCACUCACGGAUGGGGGUUAAUUUUUUUUUUUUAAAAUAUUUAUAUAUAAAUUUUAUAAAAAAUUUUUUUUUCGAAAAUUAAAAAAAUCCUAAUUCGCAAAAAUUGGAAAGCAAAUAUUAAUUCAAUUUGCAAAAUUUAUGUUUUAAAAAAGCAAUUCGUUUAAAAAUAAAACAGAAUUAGCUCUAGAUUUCAUUAUAAUAAUUAUCAUUUAUAUAUCAAUUUUUUUUUCCAUAAAAAAUUUUUCUAUUAAAAAAAUUUUUGUUCACUCACGGAGGGUGGGUUUUUGGCCAAAAAAUAGCGAUUUUUCUAAUGGUUUUGUUCACUCACGGAGGGGGGGGGGGAGUUAUAAAAAAAACACAAGAAAUAUUCCAAACAUUAUUAAACCCAAUUUCUGAAAUAGAAAAAAUGCUCAGUGGAGUUGGGUUUACUUGUAGAGAAUUUCAGCUAGAAACUGAUUUAUCAGAAAUUAAUAUAAUUGAGGAGUGUAUAAGUACUUUGGACACUUAAAAAUGGUGCGAGAACCAACCUGCCCUCUUAACACCUAUAGCCAGACGGGUGCCUGAACUUGUGGAAGGGAGAGCGGUGAGAAUGUCCGGCUGGCUUUACUUAGUCUUAUGAAGCGUAAUGUCUAGUUGAUCGAUCGCAAGCUCGCAUCCAGGGCAAGGUUACCUCGAGGAAGGAUGAAACUUGGAAAUUUGAAAAUGAUAAAUCAGCAAAGCCAGAGGGCGUUCACUUAGUCAAUAGGGCAAUUUUCCAAUGUGAUACUAGGAGCUGCGUCCUGGGCUAUGCUUCAUUCAGGUCGAUUACUAAAUUGCAUUAUGGUUAUCAGCCAUAUCAAUUGGUCAAUAUCUUUAUAAUUUAAUGGGUCGUCUUAACUUAAGAAUACCCUCGAUAGACUCCAAAUUUUCUUUUUAUUAUUUCAAACGGCUUCAGUACUUCUUCUUAAUAAUAUUUUCAAGAACAUAAUACAACCAUUCUGGCCGAUAACCUGACCUGAAAAUUCUUUUUUUGAACUUUCGGCAAGGCAACCCCGUUGACGCACGGCUUAGCAGCCUAACAUUUUUACCUCCAGUGGCAAGUGUAUGCUCUAUCCGGAGGGAGCAAGAAUGCCUUUAGGCAGUGGGAAAUCAAAGUAUCGACGCAAAGCAUGGGAUGUUUUAAGCCGGCAAGGCUGACAGGGAGCCACUCUGAAUAAUAAUCUAAGUUAGCAUAAGUACUUUGCUUGCAAUUUCUAAUGAGAAAAAUGAAGGCAAUAAAAACCUUAUUGGAAGAAACCAAUCAAGAUCUCCUUUGAUAAGACCAUUAGAAAUUGAUAUAGACGCUAUGGCUGAUCCUGAUGAAACCAGCAGAUUUUUCACUCUUGACGAAAUUAGAAAUAAAGCUUCGAAAGCAUUUGACCAAAUUAUUAUGAAUAAAGCUUCAUAG